UCCCACAAAAAUAAAAGGUAUAAACAAGUAAAAGAUAGAAAGAAUCCAAAAUAACAUACUCCCUAUCCUUUUCCUACACAUCUUUGCAAAACCAGAAUGGCUCCUUAGCCAAAUCCCAAGAACCCAACAACUACCCCAAACCCUCCACCCUCCACCCGUAAAAGCAAAAUGGCCAGUGUCCUCGGACAGAUGCGUCCCGGAUUCACAACGACGGUGGACAAGAUGAAGCUGCUGAGCAGUCCCGCAAGUGGGCUUGUGAUACCGCUCGGGCCUUUCUCGAGGAUUAAACGUAGCCAUGCCUUUGCUGUUUCUUGCAGACUAUCGUCUAAUAAAGAUUUUGCAGUUCCAAGAAGAGGUGCAAUCGCCUUUAUCUUCUCAAGUUUCAUCCUCUCACACCCUGAUUUGCGUGAUGCUGCAUUUGCUCAAUCUGUUGGAUUCAGGGAAUACGUAGAUACCUUUGAUGGCUAUUCGUUAAAGUACCCUCAGAACUGGAUUCAAGUCCGCGGUGCUGGUGCAGAUAUAUUCUUCAGGGAUCCUCUCGUUCUUGAUGAGAAUUUGUCAGUGGAGAUCUCCUCUCCUUCAUCUUCCAGAUACAAGAGUGUAGAAGAUUUAGGCCCACCUGAAGAAGCCGGAAAGAAAGUUCUCCGGCAAUACUUGACCGAGUUUAUGUCUACUAGACUUGGAGUCAGACGUGAGUCGAGGAUUCUUACUACUACUUCAAGAACAGCUGAUGAUGGAAAGUUGUACUAUCAAGUCGAGGUGAACAUCAAAUCAUAUGCGAACAACAAUGAGUUGGCAGUUAUGCCACAGGACAGAGUAGCCCGUCUGGAAUGGGAUAGGCGGUACCUCUCAGUUCUUGGAGUUGAAAACAACCGUUUAUAUGAACUAAGAUUACAAACACCUGAAAAGGUGUUUGCAGAAGAAGAAAAUGACAUUCGUGAAGUCAUGGAUUCCUUUAGAGUAAACAAAGUGGUGGCUUAGAUCUGCCUGCCUUCAAGAGUUUUGUACUGUUUGUUAGAUGAUUCGGGCAUCAGAAUACUGUUCUAUGAUUCAUUUCACCUUUUUGGCUUCUAAUUCCGACAGGAUGUUGUUAGCUUCUCCUAUCAGGAUGUUAGUUUGGUGUUUGUUUGUCGUUUGCUGAUCAGUAACUCCAGCUGAGUACUAGCAAAAUUUUCCAGCAAUAUUCUUUCUCAUCUGAAAGUUAUUGGUUUGGAAGUAAAUUGUAGUAAUUCUGCAAUGAUUUUAAUUUUCUAUUGAAAUCAAUUUCAUUGUAUUAUGUUAU